AUGGAAGUUCUCCUUGUUGCAGAACAGAAUAACGAGCUUGUGAUGAUGAACCAUCAGACUCGUCCCACUGGAGCUGCUCCAUUCCCAGAAGCGAAUGUAGCAUCGUCCAGCCAAAAUAAUGGACGAGGACGUGGACGUGGAUACGGUCGAAACCGAGGUCGUGGCCGUGGCCGUGGACGUGGUCGGGGACAAGGAAAAGAGUACCGUCCCGACGAGUCCAACAAUGAAAGGAAUUAUAAAAGAUCUCGAGCAAAUGAUUACGGCCGAGAUUCUAAAAAGCAAAAAGAAAGUGUUUGCUACAGAUGCGGCAUGAAAAAUCACUGGGAGCGUACUUGUCGUACACCCAGACACUUAGCCGAUCUGUACCGGGAAUCACAAAAAGCAAAGGAGAAAGAAAGUGAGACUAACUUCAUCUCCAGUGAACCCGGUUCCUCCUUUCAUGGCCUAAACGAUGAUACUCAUCUUGAUGUUUCAGAUUUUCUGGUUGACUCUGAAGAGAUCAACGGAAAAACAGACGACUAA